AUGAGAAACGCAACCCUUAUUUUAUUACUCGGAGUUUUGGGAUCUGUGUUGGCAAGUCUGUGAGCUCCUUCUCUGAUAUCACUGAGAGCGUCUUUCAGCAUGGACGCUGAGUGGCUACGCCUGCAAUCAGCCGCAAAUCUACAAUCAAUGUAACUGCCAGAGCUUCUGCAGGUUUCGAGAGCUGUAGAGAACUUCCCAUCAGUAAAUUCAGCGCUUACCAACCCCCUUGCGGUGGUGGCUGUGGAAGCUACGGCGGAGGUUACGGUGGAACUUACAAUGGAGGCGGCGGCGGCGGCGGGUUCGUCUAUAGGCGUCGGAAGACUCACAGACACAAGAAAAAGAAGUUUCGUUUCGACACCAUAUCUGAUGAGUCAUCCGGUUAGCGAUGUUUCAAAGAAUAACAAGCAUCGCAGAUAUUCAGAAACACUUCCCGAAAUUAGUUCUGCCGAGCUUCCUGAACCGGAAGUGCCGGAUAAACUGAUAGAAGGAACUACGGAGAGAGUGAUAACGGACACAGAGGCUGCGGUCAAAGAAGCUGAGGAGGUGUUCGAGAGAGAAAAAAGCAAGCCGAAGGACCACACCUGGGACAACGAGGUCUGUUUUAGUCUGAAAGAACUGGCGCCUCGACUAAUUUGCUGCUCAAAAAGUAGAUUCAGCUCCAACCUCGUGAGUGAGAAUUUCGAGAUUUAUUCCGAAAUUCAAAAAGUUCUCUCUUCAAAAUACACCAGCAGCUCUUUGAUCGCUCUCACCAGAUGGUCUAAUGAACCACUGUAAAAAAUGAGUACUUUUCGAGUUCGAAGUUUGAAAUUUUUACUUUCAUAGAUGCUAAACGGUGAAAUCUUGAGUGUCCUCAGUCUUAAUGGUUACAGUGAAAUAUUAAGGACCUCUGGGAGAAAAAGUUCGUACACGGGUCGACAAAAAGCUCUGACGACGACCUCCCGGAAAUCUCGAGCGCCGAAUUGGAGACCCAAGUCACAAGAGCACCGGCUCCAGCCGCAGUAGCUCCAGCUGCAGUGGCCCCAGCUGGACAAGGCAUCGGCGUGAACACUGGCCUCGGUAUUGGAGCGCCCGGAAUUGGAGGACUUGGUCAGCAUUCCUCAAAUUUUCAAUUUCCAUAUAAUUCAUACCAUAUAGAAACUUUUUCAGGUGGUGGCGGCGGUUUAUUCGGCAUCAGUUCUGGUCUCGGUAUCGGCAUUCCUGGAGUUGGACCCAUAGGUGUCAGCUCCGGUUUGGGCAUCGGAAAAUAGUCCUCUUUCGGGUUUUCAUGAAAUUGUCUGUAAAUACACUCGUUGAUGCUCAAUAAAAAAAUUUUCUUCGUAAACUUGUAGGAAGGAUUCCUCAAGACACAUCUUUGAAGUCAAUACGCGAAGCAAUGACUCCCAAAACUUGACCGUUUUUUCAGUUUUGUCCUAUUCGUUCUCAAUAGAAAUGACUAAUAAUUAAUGAUUCAAUUCAAUGUUAUCAUUUGACAAACCUCGAUAAUUAUCUACGGCAGAGUGUAAUAUUUCAAAUUAUUAAUUCGAUCGCGACCACGGCUCAUGAGGCGGAAAGGAAAUGUUUAACUAGAGUCUAGUCUAGUUACUGGACAAAUAAAAAAUUAUCUCAGAUAUUUUUUAUAAAAAGGUUCAGUAUCAAUCAAAAGAAAAGAAGAAGACUGAUGUUUUUUGAAAACAAAAACUCGUUAUUUCAUUGUUCGCAAAUCGCAAAUUUCCCAAAGAAGGCCACUGGAACCGCAAGAACUUAUAAAUAUUUCUGCUCGAAUUCCUCGGAGGUCCUCAUGGCUCCGUUCAGUAAUUUGGUUGCUUUCGUCGUCUUCGCAACAAAUUGCUGUUCUGCGAGUCAGUUUUCCGAAGGAAACUAAUAUUUUGAUCGUUUUCAGCUUUUGGAAGUUCUCUGAUGGGCUACGCUUGCAAUCAACAAGCAAUUUACAAUCACUGUCGAUGCCAGAACCUUUGCAGGUAUUUUCAAAGGGUCUUUUCUUUCCACAGUUUUCAGACCUUUCCGGCCGACGUCUGGAAACUGUGCUUCUUGUUCCAGUGACUGCAAUCCGUCUUGCCAAGAAUCGCUAGAAAGUCGGAGUCAUGAAGGAAAAAAGAAGUUCAAGUUUGAUGAAUAUACUUCAAAUUCAGGUUUGUUUUUUGCGUUUCGGGUCAAGAGAUUCUUUGAUUGCUGCAGAAGAAUCUGCAUCUGAAAGCACAAAGGAAAUAGAAGGAUCGGAAGAGAAAACGGACUCGAAAAGUGAAAUACAUGGAAACAUUGCAGAAACAUUCAAAAACUUUGAAACAACAACGGCUCCUUUAUGGGAAAACGAAGUAGUUGAGUUUUUAGAGAUUUGAUAACUUUUUAUUUUUAGAAAGAAUGGAGCAAAAAGUUUGAAGGCCCAAGUUUGACACAUGAAAGCUCGAUUGCCGAAUUUGAAAAAGGAGCGAGACCCGUGGCGUCUGGUGAGAUAUUCACACACAAUUCAGAGAUAUUUGUAUUCCACACGCACAAUAAUCUCGCAAACUGAAUUAAUUAAUUUCAUGAAAAGAUUUCACAGUUCAGGUACUCCUAUCGUGAAACGUUCUAACUCUAAAAAAAAAAGUUAAAAGAGAAAUUUUCGUGAAUUUCGAGAAAAAAUUAUGAUAAAUUGUACUAAUUUUUUAAUACAUUCAAAAAAAGUCUGAAUUUCAAUAGUAGAACUGAUUUCAAAGGAACUUUCAGGCGGCGGAAGCGGCCUGUUUGGAAUCGGAGGCGGCUUGGGCGUCGGUGUUCCAGGAGUUGGGCCCAUCGGAGUGAGCUCGGGACUUGGCGUCGGCUAA